AUGCACACAAUUUCCGCUCUGCUAAUAUUCACUGUUUGUCUUGCAAGUUGUGUUACCUCAUCCCCAAUUUGCACAAAUGGUUUCACACUGAUCAACAACAAAUGCUUGAAACUAUUCAGUACCCCAGUGAAUCAUACAACUGCUGAAAAAUCAUGUGGUAGUUUUGGAGCAACUCUUGUUCAGGCCAAAAAUAAUAUUGAUAACCAAGCCAUCGCGACUAUUGCUGGAUCUGGAAGUUCUACAUUAAUAUGGCUCGGAUUGUAUUGCUUCGAAAGUGAUCCUUCCCAAUGUUUUUGGGAUGAUGAAACUGGCUCGGCACACACAUACAACAACUUUUCCAGUGGUUUUCCGAUCGUCGAACUUGGUCAAUGUGUGUAUUAUUCUACACAAGGAGUAUUAACUGGCAAAUGGCUCAGCGAGAAUUGUGAAAGCCAGCGCAUUUCUUAUAUUUGUGAACUACCAACAACGAUCGCAGAUAGCUGCAAAUACAACUACAACGGGUACUGCUACACAUUCAGUACUGCUGAUGCACCAUUCUCAACUGCACAGGGAAUUUGCGCACAAAGUUGUGGAAACCUUGCAUCUAUUCAUUCUUCAAAUGAAGCUCGAUAUCUUACUACCUUUGCGCCAGAAGGGUAUUACUAUAUUGGAGCGGUAUGGCAUCAUGACUCCAGUCUCAUCUGGUUAGAUCGUUCUGCGUGGGACUACAGUGACAUCGAUCCAAUAUUUCCUCGAGUUGAUUACUGUUUGAAAAUGUCGGCGUUCAACGGUUAUCCGACUGGAAUGUGGUACAGUAACAACUGCGUCGACAAUAAUAAAUACGUGUGCAAACGUCCAGCCGGUGUGCAAUGCCCAGCUGUACCGCCAACAACUGUGGCACCAAGUUCAUCAUACUGCAACGCAGGGCGACUGAUGAAUAAUGCAGUUAUCACCUCUCCAAACUACCCAGAAAACUACUUCAACAAUGCAAACUGCACUUAUACACUGUCCACAUUGGGAUCAUAUAAGAUAAUUCUAGUAUUUUAUGAUUUCAGACUUGAGGCUGGACGUGAUUUUGUGACCGUUUACGAUGGCGAAACGACAAGUAGUCCAGUUUUGGCAGCACGUCUCAGUGGUACUAUCAAAGGUGGAUUUUCAUAUACAUCGACUGGAAAUAACAUGCUUGUAACUUUCACAUCAGAUGCCAGUAUUGUUGGCCCAGGUUUUACGGCAAGGUUUACUUCUGUGAUUUACAGACCGUAG